AUGCAUAACUUGCGUCUACCGGCGGUUUUCUUGGAAGUUCUCGCGAUUUUCGUGCUACCCAACGAAGCUGUAGACUCAUCACAAUGCAUAGCACCUUUGGGGAUGGAAAACGGCGCCAUAAAGGACGCCGACAUCACCGCCAGUUCCUCGUUCGAUAGCGGCAACGUCGGACCGAAGAAUGGCAGAAUCAGGACGGACAAAAACGGCGGCGCCUGGUGUCCCUUGAAGCAGGCCACCACCGAGCCCGAGGAGUGGAUACAAUUAGAUUUGCGGACGGUCUACAUGGUCACCGCGACGGAGACGCAGGGCCGGUUCGGCAACGGGCAGGGCAUCGAAUUCGCCGAGGCCUACAUGGUGGAGUACUGGCGGCCGAGGCUGCAGAAGUGGAUCCGCUAUCACGACGUCAAAGGCGAGGAGGUCAUUCCGGGCAACGUCAAUCCCUAUUUGGAGGCCAAGCGGGAACUCGACCCGCCGAUUUUGGCCAGCAAAAUCAGAUUCUACCCCUACAGCUACCACAAGAGAACCGUUUGCAUGCGAGUCGAACUCUACGGUUGCCAAUGGACCGACGGAAUCAUCAGCUAUUCCAUGCCACAAGGCGACAAAAGAGGAAAUAAUUGGGAAUUCGUCGAUCUAAGCUACGACGGUGAAUGGUCCAACAACGAGCUGAAGAACGGCCUGGGGCAAUUGUCGGACGGAAAAUUCGGCCACGACGACUUCAAAACCGACUUCUACGACGGGCAAUCGUGGGUGGGCUGGAAGAACGAAACAAGGCACAACAAACCCAUCGAAAUCGUGGUGGAAUUCGACAGGAUCCGCGAAUUCUCCGCGGUGAACAUCUACUGCAACAACCAAUUCACCAAAGAGAUCCAAGUGUUUUCGAUGGCGAAAGUGUUCUUCAGCAUCGGCGGCAAGUACUUCGACCGCGGCGAGCCGAUCACCUACGAGUACAUCGAGGACAGGAUAUUCGAGAACGCCCGCAACGUGUCGGUGAAGCUGCACCACAAGGUCGGGCGGUUCGUCAAGCUGCAGCUGCACUUCGCCGCCAAGUGGAUGCUGGUCAGCGAGAUCACGUUCGAUUCGCUGGCGACGCACGGCGAGUUCGGCGUCGAGACGAGCCCCAGCACGACCACCCCCGCGGCGCUGCUCACCACCAGGGAGAGCCGCGACGGCGGCGCCGUCGGCGGUAAAGUCGAAGUGCCGGCGGACGAGGAAGACGGCGAGAGUGGCGGCGUGGUGGUGGUGGUGCUCAUCGGGUUGAUUCUGACUGUUGUCGUGGGGUUGUUCGGGGCGGUGUUGUACAGGUUCAGGAACGGGAAGUUUUUCCGGAGCGCCAACUCACCGACCAUCGAUUUUCCCAGUAAUGUUCUACCUCAUCUCCAACCGGAAUCUGUAUACGGCGUGAACGAGAAGAGCAGCUCGAUUGAAGCUUACGUCGACGAAUACAGAUCGCAUCACGGUACGAUGAAAUCCAGUUUGAGGUCCACGUUGCCACUACCCUAUCCGGGAACCGUCUCCGAAAGCAACGAAUAUCAGGAACCAUAUCAAGCGAUGAAAUUCGCCCCGUACUACAGUUACAGCCCGGUCAUCAUGGAGCUACAGAAUUCCUUAACGCAUCUUACAGAUUCCAAGCAGAACACCUCGAGAAGUAGACUGAACAGCGCCUCGCCGAAACGACAACGUUUCUCCACCAAUCCCUCUAUGGAUGGCGACACGAUACAAAGCCCCAAUCACGAGACUCUCACGGCUCUAAAGAAGCGCCUAGACGGUACACCGAUCGUCGAGUUUCCACGACAUCGCCUCAGAAUGCUGUCCAAGUUAUCGGAAGGAGCCUUCGGGACGGUUUACAUAGCAGAGGCAGACGGUAUCAACGAAUUCGCAUCGAAUCUAUCCACGGACACUAGAUUAGUCGCUAUAAAGUUUCUGAGCGAAUCUGCCAGCGAUAAGGAAAGGAAGGAUUUCUACAGAGACGUGCGAAUACUGGCGGCCCUGGAAGACGCGAACAUAGCCCGAGUGCUGGGCGUUUGCAGCCAGGACGAGCCGCUCUGCGUCAUCAUGGAAUACCUGGAGCACGGCGAUCUGUGCCAAUUCCUCAAGACCCAGGUGCUCAAAUCGAUGUCGUUCGAUCACCUGAUCUACGUGACGACGCAAAUCGCCUCCGGCAUGCACUACCUGGAAUGCCUGAAUUUCGUCCACAGGGACCUGGCCACCAGGAACUGCCUCAUCGGCGAAGGUUAUCAGAUUAAAAUUUGUGAUUUCGGAACGUACAACGAACUAUACGCGAGUGAUUAUUACAAAGUCGACGGGAACACGCCGUUGCCCAUCAGAUGGAUGGCAUGGGAAAGCGUCUACCAAUCCAGAUACACGACGAAAUCGGACGUGUGGAGUUUCGCGGUGACCAUGUGGGAGAUAUUGACCCUGUGCCGGCGGCGUCCGUUCGACUUCCUGGUGGACCCCGAGGUGAUGGAGAACCUGGCGCACCAGCGGCUGGACGACGGCCAGUUCAAGCACCUGGCGCGGCCGACCGCCCACAAGGACAUCUACGAUCUGAUGCUGGAGUGCUGGCGGAGGAAGGACGCGGACCGGCCGAGCUUCAGGGAGAUCCACCUGUUCCUGCAGAGGAAGAACUUGGGGUUCGUACCGGCGUAG